CAAGCCAAACUCCAACUCCCAAGAAUCAGUCCACCCACCACUUCUUCCCUCAUUUCUUUCUUUCUCUAGCUGCCCCUCUUAUUGUUCUUCAUGCUCUUCUUUCUUUUCUUUUUCUUUUUUCUCUAGCUCCAAACAUAUUUGCUAUCUUUCUGCACUACUUUCUGUUAUGAUGGUGGAUGCGACUCCUCUUUUUCCAUUGAUGUUUUCUCUUAUUCUUCUUUACCUCAGCAUUGCAAAUGGGGUUCAUUGUUAUGGAGAGAAGAAGGCCUUCAGCCUGCAAAGACUUCAAUGGAAUAUUCAGCCAAGUGGCCAUUCACUAAGUUGCCUCUCCGGGAAAUCAAGGAGGGAGAAUGGUGCAACUGUAUUGGAAAUGAAACACCGAGACUACUGCUCAGGAAAGAUCGUCGACUGGAGUAAGAAGCUGCAGAAACGCCUAAUAUUGGACAAUUUUCACGUCCAGUUACUGCAGUCCCGGAUAGGAAACAUGGCAUUCGGCGCCGAAGAUGCGAUGAAAGCUCGAAUGCCAUUAACUUCUGGUAUAAACCUUCACACUUUAAACUAUAUCGUAACCAUCGAAUUGGGAGGCCAAAACAUGACGGUGAUUGUAGACACUGGAAGCGAUUUGACGUGGGUUCAAUGCCAGCCAUGCAAAUCAUGUUAUAAUCAGAAAGAAUCUCUCUUCAACCCUUCUGCAUCCCAUUCAUACCAAUCAGUUUUGUGCAAUACAUCAGCUUGUCGUUCUCUUCAAUAUGGGUCUUGGAAUUCACCCGUAUGUGGGACCAAACAACCUUUCUGCAACUAUGUCGUUAACUAUGGAGAUGGGUCCUACACCAGGGGCGAGCUAGCGCGGGAGCACCUUAGCCUUGGAAAAACUCCGGUGAAAGAUUUUUUGUUUGGCUGUGGUAGAGAUAACAAAGGUCUUUUUGGGGGAGCUUCAGGCCUCAUGGGUCUGGGAAGGAGUACUCUUUCAGUGAUCUCUCAAAGUUCUGCCCUAUUUGGGGGAGUUUUCUCCUACUGUCUCCCUUCCACUGAAGCCGGGGCUUCUGGUUCUUUGGUUAUGGGUGGAGAUUCUUCAUUAUUCAAGAAUUCCACUCCCUUCUCUUACACCAAAAUGGUUCCGAAUCCGCAACUGUCCAACUUUUAUUUUCUCAACCUUACUGGCAUAAGUGUUGGUGGGGUGGCCGUACAUGCUCCAAGUUUUGCUAAGGGUGGAGUUUUGAUCGAUUCUGGGACUAUUAUUACAAGGCUUGCUCCGUCAGUUUACAAGGCUGUGAAAGCAGAGUUUCUGAAACAAUUUUCUGGGUUUCCUCCGGCACCUGGAUUUUCUAUUUUGGAUACUUGCUUCAACCUCGGUGGAUAUGAGGAAGUGGAUAUUCCUACACUAGAAUUUCACUUUGAGGGUAAUGCUGAGCUGAAUGUGGAUGUAACUGGCAUCUUUUAUCUCGUAAAAACUGAUGCGUCUCAGGUUUGUUUGGCUCUUGCAAGUCUCUCCAAUGAAGAUGAGAUUGGUAUUGUUGGGAAUUAUCAGCAGAAGAACCAAAGGAUUAUAUACGAUACUAAACAGUCUAAGCUGGGACUUGCAGGAGAAACUUGCAGUUUCAGAUGAACAGAAAAAUAUGAUAAAGGUGACUUGAUGUCAACACAAUUCUUCCAAGGAGAGAUCAAGAGCCAUCAUCAUCAGCAUCAUAUAUAACAUAUAUAAAUAAUUAUGUCAUUCGAUGGAGAAAGGUGUGAACAUCUAAAUUCGUGGUUUUCAGACUCUCUUACGUGUAAUAAUGUUACUUCCAAAUGUGGAGAACUACAAGAGUUUGAAUGGUAUAUUCAUUACUGUAAAAUUUCUUUCAAUAUAAGCUUUUGCUGAAGGUAUGUGAA